CCCCACUUCCUUUUCUUCCAUCGUCACGGCGGCGCGCGGUGGGUUUGCCGUCCAGAUCUGGUCUCGUGUCACGGAUCAGGCGGCUGUGGCUUGUCCAUGGCCGGAGCCUUGACGGCGAGCUCGAGAUCAGGAUGGCCAUGGCCUGCGGUUGCCCCAGCUGGGCUUCGGAUCUCGUCCAUGGCGAAGGGCGAAGGGCGAUGGGCGAGAUCCCGGCGGCCAUGGGCAGAGCUCAGAUAUCAAGAAGAAAAACAGAGGAAGUAGAGAGGUCAUGUUCGGGAAGACGGAGCAGACCACAAAGACGGCAGACACGACGCCUGAACGGGUUCAACCAUGGACGAGCGCCGACGAUUUCGGCCAUGGACGGCCGGAUCUAAAGAUCUGGAGAAAGACGAGACGGAGGAAAAACAGAGGAAGCCGCCCAUUCUCGCUUGGAGGCAGCGGUGGCCAGCUGGGUGGCGACGCCGGCGGCUCCGUUGGUCGUGGCACGACGGGGGAGGAGCGGAGGUCGGGCGGCUGCGCGGGAGGAGGAAGCGCAGAGAGAGGUGAAGAGAGAGAGAGAGAGAGAGGGGGGGAGGAGAUUUCUCAAUUCGUUACUCAGAUUCCUUGCUGACGUGUAUUUGUGGACAUGUGUCGACACGGGCCGGCGGACAAGUGUGGAGGAUAUGAUUGAAGAAGAAAGAUAUACCGCACAUGAUGGUGAUGUGAUUGUGGUUGACGGCAUUAAAUGUUGUUUUGUCUGGAUAUAGGGGAGCGAGAAAAAGAGGAAAAAGGAAGAUUUUGGAGAGAAAGAACAGACUUCCUUACGGCUUCAUUAAAGGGAAGGGGGAAUGAUCCCGUUUUGAUUCCCGUACCGGCCCUCUAGCUGCCGGUUACUGCUCCCUCUUAUCCAUUCCUUCGGCCAACCUAGGCGUCCUGCUUUCGACCUUGGCAAAGCCGAGACGCGAAGCAGCAGCACGCUCUUCUUGCUUGAAAGCCUUCCGGAACCUUCCACCAAGUUUUUCCUUCCGUCUUGUGUCCACUCCAACAUCGCCCCCCCGGAUCGGAUGCCUGGUUUCGCCCCACCGGCCGAGUCGCGGUUGUCGCCGAUGAUGAUCGUGGUGGCCUCUCGUGUCGUCGGAACCCGAGGGACGAAGCUCUCGCUGCUCUGUUGCGUCGUGCUCGGCGGCGUCCUCGCGUCGUUGUGCUGUGGCUCGUCUCUGCCGACCCCGUCUGAUCAAACCAAUUCGCGUCCCGUGCCGUCGUGCUCCGCUUCGGGGUCUUGGCCCAUGGAGGUUCUGGUCUCUCUCUAUCAGGCUGUUAUCCCUCAGCUGUCAAAUCCUGUUAUAUUUUGUGAUUUCUUGAAGAAAACAGAUGACAUUGUUGGAGUUGUCAACGCCAUGGGUCUCGGCAGUCUCUUCAUCCUCAUGAAGCAAUAUGGCUUAGAUUACCCCUGCUUCUAUGAAAAGGAAGAUGGUGAAUCUGAGGCCAAGGAUGAUAUGGAAGAGCAGAUUUUUGGCAAUAGAAAUGACUCAACUAGCACAGAUUUUCCCAAGAAACCCGGUUUUGAUUUUUUCCAUGAUGCUAGUGGAACGUCCAAGUCAUUCAAACCGGAAGUUGACCUAAAAGCGAAAAGCAUGAAUCUUCUGUCUAUAUUACUGGUUCUGGUCUCACUCCAUCAGGCAUUUAUUCCUCAGCUGUCUAAUCCCAUCAUGUUUAGUGAUUUCUCGACAAGAUCAUACGACAUUGGUGGAGUUGUCAGUGUCAUGGCUCUCAGCAGUCUCUUCAUCCUCAUGAUGCAACAUGGCUCAGAAUACCGCCACAUCUAUGAAAAGGUGCUUGGUUCCUGCUUAAAAGCAACCCUCCUUCCAACAUUCUUGGCUGCUGCUUUUGCCAAGAAACUGAGUGUACUAGCACUAUCUGUGCUUCGACAAGGGGCACUAGUUAUUGUUGCACCUAUCUACAGUGUCUUUCGACAGCAUUCUUCAAUCAACCGUUUGGUGCACAGUCAGGUGUCUAGUAAAAGAAUCGCAACCAGGAGUCUUUUACAAUCCCCCCUCCUCCUCCUCCUCCUCCUCCUCCUCUGGGUCAACCGUGCUGUCGGCGAGAAUGGCACAGCUUCGUACUAUGGUCCUCCCUACGAGCGGACGGAGUGCUACGGCGAGGGCUCAUUGCAGUUCCCUGUGAGCAACCUGUUCAUGGCCGUGGGCGACGGACUAUGGGACCUGGGGGCAGCGUGUGGCAGGGAGUAUGAGUUGCGGUGCAUCGGCGGCGCGCAGUCUGGCCCUGGAGGCUGCAAACCCGGUGCCAACAAUAUCCGGGUCAAGGUCGUCGACUAUGCACUCUCAGUUGAGUCCGCUGCGGCCCCCAGGCAGUCCGUAACCGGCACUGAUUUUGUGUUGUCUCGGCCCGCAUUUGAAGCCAUUGCUAAUCCGUCCGUGGAUUCGAUCAAAGUGGAGUUUAAACGGUUAUAGUAGUCGAUGGUGGCGGGCCUGGCAGCUGAGGGGAAAGAGAGGGUGCCUUGGUUUUGAGGGGUGGGGAGGUGUGGUCAGGCCUUAUUCCUACUACUGUGGACCAGCUAUCAUUUUUAAGAAAGUUGUACCUCUAUACUAACAAAUUGUGAGAGAACAUUCCAGAAAGUUUCGGCGAAUAUCCUAUUUAGAGGUGAUGAAUAUUCAUAAUCAAUUGGAUGGAGUUGUUAAUGAA